AUGUCCGAACUUUGUGAUGCCCUAUCGGUUGUGUUCACCGAUUCCCCAAAGAUCGAAGACCACCUGUUCGCCAAGGCGAUCCGAUGGGCUGAUCAGAAUCCGAAUGACAUUGUGUUCUGGGCUAGACGGAAGGCGUUAAAUAGAAUUCCCGAAAUCGACGUGGACUGGUCGUCGAAAGUGGCGGCUCUUCGUCGCAUUCGUUUCGGAUACAACCGCAGAAAUCUUCUGCUCGGUUGCAUCGAUGAAGCUGUCAAAGGAAGCAUCGAUUGUGACGUCGCCGCCAUAAUCUGCUCGUUGAGUGUGCCGAAGAACGGUUCGCAAAUGGGAUCUCUUUUGGCCGCAUUGGCUCAUUUUUGCAAUUCGAACGACGGACGGGCCGUCGCAGUGAUCGACUUGCGACGAGAAAACGGAGAAGAAGAGGUGAGAGGGCACAGAAUACAAACUACAGAAAGGAAAGGGAAAAGAUACAUGUUGUAGGAUGACGAAGAAGACGAUCAGACGGAUCCAUUCGAGAAUUUCGAGUUUUUGGACGAAGUGGAAGGUACGAUAUCUCAGCGAAUGUUGAAAAAAAGAUUGCCACGUUUCAGAAGAGAAACCGAAGGAACUGACUGGAAAAACGUCCGAAGAAAUAGAAAGUCAAACCGAGAAGUUGAAAAGAAUCUCAGGAAUUUACACAAAAAAUGUGUUCACUUUUGACGGUGACAAAUUCACGAGUUGUUAUCAGUGUUGA